ACAUACCCAUUAUACGAGAGCAGAUAUUUUCCAUGUGCGGCGGUCUGUGUGUUAAUGUUUACUGGAGGGGGACGGGGAUUACAGCAAGCCUGGACCCUGCAAGUCCAUUUAAAUAGUUCAGUUUGAACAUGGGAAGUCUAUUAAGGUGGACUGUUCGACUCGUUAAACUUUGUCAAAAGGCUCUUAGCCGUUUUCUGUGCAGAGGGAGCUGAGCAGGCGUGCAUGUUUGAGGUCAUACUUCGAGCCAGAGUGUAAGAUGAUCCUCCUUUGCCGAGCCCAUCAGGCAUCCCUUCGCACAGGGACACACUCACUCACACACAUUCCACUCAAGUCAUCUUGUGAAAGGCUGCCGGCUUCCAACUUGGCUUGAAUGUACAACCUUAAUAAAACACGCCGAGGUCUCCGAGAAAAUAGCAGUUCAGCCGCAGCGAGGGUAGGAGAAAGAGGCUGGGGUAUGCCUGGGCAGCUGACUCAAAGAGGCUGCACGCUGAAGUGUAACAGAGAGGAAACGAUAAAUCCCGGCUACUAUGCAAUAAAUUGCUCAAACUCCGGCUAAGGAAGCAAUCAGCUCUGGUGCACUUAGUCACUGUUGUUGUUGUUGUUGUUUUUUAAAGUCACCAUUUAUUAUCUGAAUCUUCUUCACUUUUCUUUACCUUCUCUGAUCCCCCAAAGGGAUUUCAAAAGACAAGGUAAAGCAUUUUUUUUUUUAGAAAAAAAGAAAAGAAAAGGAAGGAAGGAAAGGGGUUGGGUCAAAAUUGUCUCUAAGAGCAGGAAAGGAAAGGGACAGUAACAUGACCAUAUUCCUUCAGCUUGCUUUCCUUGCUACACUUCUGACUCACCUAGGCUGCAGCAAUCCACGCCGGGGUCCAGAGUCCAGUGCCAGAAGAUAUAACCGGAUUCAGCAUGGACAGUGCACCUACACGUUCAUCCUUCCAGAACAGGAUGGGAACUGUCGUGAAAGCACCACCGACCAAUACAACGCGAACGCUCUCCAAAGGGAUGCCCCCCACAUGGAGCAGGAUUUCUCUUCCCAGAAACUGCAGCGCUUGGAGCAUGUGAUGGAAAACUACACUCAGUGGCUGCAAAAGCUUGAGAACUACAUUGUGGAAAACAUGAAAUCAGAGAUGGCGCAGUUGCAGCAGAACGCUGUGCAGAACCAUACAGCCACCAUGCUGGAAAUAGGAACCAGCCUCCUCAGCCAGACAGCAGAGCAGACAAGAAAGCUCACAGAUGUCGAAACACAGGUACUAAAUCAAACAUCUCGACUAGAAAUUCAGCUGCUGGAGAAUUCAUUAUCUACUUACAAGCUGGAGAAACAACUGCUCCAGCAGACACAUGAAAUAUUGAAAAUCCAUGAUAAAAAUAGUUUAUUGGAACACAAAAUCCUUGAAAUGGAAGAAAGACAUAAAGGGGAGCUGGAUACGUUGAAGGAGGAGAAAGAGAACCUGCAAGGCUUGGUUUCACGUCAGACCUACAUCAUCCAAGAACUGGAGAGGCAGCUGAGUAAGGCAACCACCAAUAACAGUAUUCUGCAAAAACAACAGCUGGAGCUCAUGGACACCGUUCACAACUUAGUCAGUCUUUGUUCUAAAGAAGGAGUUGUACUAAAGAGUACAAAAAGAGAAGAUGACAGGCCAUUCAGAGACUGUGCUGAUGCAUACCAAGCUGGCUUCAACAAAAGUGGUGUCUACACUAUUUAUGUUAAUAACAUAUCAGAACCUAAAAAGGUUUUUUGUAACAUGGAGACUGCAGGAGGAGGCUGGACAGUCAUACAACACAGAGAAGAUGGGAGCCUAGAUUUCCAAAAAAGCUGGAAAGAAUACAAGAUGGGCUUUGGUAGUCCUUCUGGUGAAUAUUGGCUGGGGAAUGAGUUUAUCUUUGCAAUAACCACUAGUCAAAGACACUAUUCUCUAAGAAUUGAACUAAUGGAUUGGGAAGGAAGCCGGGCAUAUUCACAAUACGAUAGAUUUUACAUAGGAAAUGAAAAGCAGAAUUACAGGCUGUAUCUAAAGGGUCAUUCAGGAACCGCAGGAAAACAGAGCAGCUUGAUAUUGCACGGAGCUGACUUCAGUACCAAAGAUGCUGACAAUGACAACUGCAUGUGCAAAUGUGCCCUUAUGCUAACAGGAGGAUGGUGGUUUGAUGCCUGUGGGCCUUCCAAUCUCAAUGGAAUGUUCUACUCUGCUGGGCAGCACCAUGGAAAAAUAAAUGGAAUCAAAUGGCACUACUUCAAAGGCCCCAGUUAUUCAUUACGUUCCACAACUAUGAUGAUCCGGCCCUUAGACUUUUAAACGCACCAAGCAAAAGCAAGAACAAUGUGCAGUAUAGCUACCAUAUUCUGAAGAACUUCGUAUGUGACCUUCAGAAGCAGAGGGUGAGGACUUCCUGAAAGCAUCAAAUGGCAGCCGCCCAUCAGUACUCAGAUCUUCCCUGUCACAGGCUGCAGUAAACGGACACAAGUCACCACCCAACACACCAGGAUGCAGAUGACACUGUGGUUGCUUGGACUAGCGAAGGUGUUUAUUGCGACAGAUCAGUGGACAACAUUACAGUUUGGUUGCCACAAAUGAACCUAAUACAUUUGAGCAGAAGCUUGUUUGCUUGUACAAAACUGCCAGAUUAAACUAGAUGAAAUUUUGUAAAGCAGAAAUACAUCAUCAUCAUCAUCAUCACCAUCAUCAUCCGUGGAGAAAAGGAUGCUUGUCAGUGAAGGAAAUAGGACAGAAUCUAUGCAAAAAAAAAGCACAACCGAUAUUUAUUUUAAUUGGUACACGUGCCUUAAAAAAGAAACACAAAGAUGGUCAUUCAAAGCGUUGCUUGGUAUCAGCAAACACCAUUUAGAUGGAUAACGUCUCUUUAAUGUAGGAUCAAUAUGGUAUGUUGGAGCAAUUUCUCAUUAAGUCGGUUUCAAAUGUGAAACAUGCCCCCAAUAAAGAGACUGUGAAUCAUGAUGGAGAGAGAAUGAUAAGAGCAAUAUGCAGAGAGUUGUCAAUGGUCCUGCAUGGCUGGGGGCGAAUGUAGGUAAUCCUGAUAAUUGGCAUAAUCCUUCAACUGGGAUUUAUAGCAUGAUAACAAAAGAAACCAGGGAUUUUUCUUUCUGACUGUUACGGCUCUGGCCUCUAACAAAUGAAGUCUGAAUGUCAAACCCAGAUAUUUUGUAAGGUGAAAUAAAGGUUAUUUUGCAAAUGGAA